GCCAGCCGUAAGGAAGGAAGGAGUAUAUAGUGAGAAGUGUUGGUGCCUCUAGUGGCCGAAUUGACUGUAUUGAAAAAGCGGCGAUCGUUGCAGUUAACGUUAACGCCGUGCCGUGCCAGAAAUCGGUGGGAGAUCGGUAAGGGAUUCAUCCGAGGUUCGCUCGGCUUGAGAAUCGCACCGCCGUGGGCCUGCACAUACGGUUAAAGAGAAGUGUUUCUUUUUCUGCGAUGGCCGCUAAAAACUUACUCGAGAAAUAAUCUAACCUAUAUUUAAGACUAUAGUAAACAAGUGAACACCGUCGUUGUGCAAUGACGCUUUCUGAAUUAUUUGAGUCUGUAUUAACCAGAGCACAGGGAGCACAGGCCUGAGCAGUUCUACCACAGGACCAAUUAUUAUGUAGUCUGCAUACAUAUGAAUACAGAGCACACAUAGAAAGAUACUUGAAACAUUAUCAUAUUAUUCACAACAGCUACAAAUUGUUUGUGCUUGACAUUUAUAUCUACACAUGUGGAAGAUGAGUAGCUCCGUGAAGCAGGAGAGGCACGAUGAGGCUGAGAUCAAUGAGAUGGCAGCGAAAUUGAUUGAGGCACAGAAGGCCAAGAUGCCCAUUGCAGGAAGGUCAGGCACAGGCAGUGCCGGUCGCUCACCCAAUCCAGGCAGCAUCCUGAGCUACCUAACGAAGACUAAUGGCAAGGGUAAAUUGGAGCCCACUGGUGAUUCGUGUUCAAGUCCUAUUGAGAGACCUAAUCCAGUGCUAGACGAUCGAUCUCAGAAAGGACAAUUUGGAUGGAGUACUUUGGGAAAGGUUCACAUUCCAUAUAUUUAUCGUGGAGAAGAUAAGUACUGUGCAGUUAGAAUGGUGGAGAUGAAAGUUUUGAACAAAUAUUUAACAUUUUUACACCAAGACAUCUACAAUUGUACAUGCAUCAGGAGUUAUUAUAUUACUGAGGCAGAAGGCCGGUUGCUAAAUGAGAUUAAUUUUAUCCAUUGUGACUCGAUGUUUGGCAGGGAUCAAUUCACAGGAAGGGACUUGAUAGUUAGACUCAGUGAUGCAGUUGAAUUUUAUAAUUUCCUUGAUGCUUGUUAUUCUAAAUUGUUGAAUGGUAGCUCGAAUCCAUUGGAUAGAUGUGGUUUUAUAAGAAUUAAUAAGGAAUCUGUUGUCCCUUAUACUAUUUAUAACAGUGACAAAUUUGUGCCACUAUUUUAUUUCGAAGGUGAAACUGAUAAUUUGAAAUUGAGAGCUAAUAAACUGGAAGGAUGGGACUUAUCAUAUUUGAAAUUUUGUUGCAAAGUGCAGGGAAUACGCAAUGAAUUGUUUGCACAUGAUAGCUGUUCUGUUAUUAGUUUAAAUGACAUAAAAAAUUACUUCCCACCUGGAACUACCUUUGAAGAUUAUUGGCCCCAAAAAAUGGUAGAUACACAAUUCUUGAUUACCAAUAAAACUGCCAGUCAAACUCAAGUGGGGCAAUGGACCAGACAGCCAGUAGGACCACCUAUAAACACUCAUCCUCCACCAUCCCCCAAACCAGCAACACAGGCAAAGGCUGCUGCAAAUAUAACUCAAUUGCACAAUGUGCAGUCUAUGUACUCUAAUUACAACUUAGGUGUUGCACAAACACCAUACCAGCCAAGGACAGCAGCCUCUGCAGUAAGGACAAAUUAUGGAUCUGUCACUACCAGUGCCAGACAGAGUAGACCUGCCUACAAUUAUGCAGCUUUGGCACCUGGACCAACUCCACCACCACUGGUUAGAUCCGUAGGUUAUCCUGGAUAUCUAAAAGAAGAAUGGCCAGGAUCAGCUUACACAAAUUCGCAGUCGACGGCUGCUAAUUAUAUGAUGAUGGGAGAUAAUUACAGACACCAAAGUCUGCACAAAUAUCCGCCACCCCUAAUACCUGUACGGCAUUUAAAUGGAGGAAUGCGCUAUGAUACUUACAGUUCCGAAGUUGUAGAUCUAAGUGUUCAUUCUAGUGCCAACAAUCACCAACUUAUCAACCAGCAGCCGGCGCAUCAGCAGCAGCAACCAAGAUCCCAAGCAUCGUCUACGCAAGAUGACAGAACCAAUGGUCGAAUGAAUAGCCUCAGGAAAAUGGUCCAAAUCCCUGAUACGCCCACAAGUGGAUCGCACAUUCCUUACAAGAUGCAGAAGGCUGUAAUCGAAGGCAAAAUGAUUAACGCCAUCAAUAUGAAACCAUAUGUGUAUACCGAUCUGCUGGUGACACUGAACGAUUUGGUGAAUUGUUUUUUCAACAAUGUACCAAUACAUUCUUGCCAGCAAGUCCUGCAGGUGCUGGGCAUCGAUCUCUACAAAGGAAACACGUCCCAGAUGCAAGUGCUUGCAGAAAAUGGAAAAAUACAGGGUGUGAAUGACACCUGCCCCCUCGUCCAAGUCCGCAACGUGAUUGAAUUUAUGCCACAAGUAAAAUACAUGUUGAGCGGAAUAGAAAUGGCCUCAAAGCGCAGCUAGGAGUGGGCCUGCCUGUGGGGCCACCCACCGAUUUACUGACAGGACGUUGUCCCCUGCGUUUCAUGUUCCUACUGCCGUGCACUGUUUUCCCCCUAUCCAUUUGACCAUAUUUUUCACGAGUGAGCGGAAAAAAAAACAAAAAACAAAAAAAUUAAGUAACAAUGGCUACUGUAUAUACUGUAAAAGAGCAGUUUCUUUAUUGUAUUCUUUAUCAUUUGUAAGAUUUGAGAAGAUGGAAGAAACAGUUUUGUAUUGUAGAUUCUGUACAGAUAUUAUUUUUUAAGUAGAUACUUGUGUUAUAAGGAAAAUAGUGUAAAACAAAAAUAUUCAACAAAAAAAAAACAGACUAUCGUGAAAGGCAGAUCGCAUAUAUUGACAGAUAUUUUUUAAAUCUUUGAUAUUUGUUGGA